AUGUCAGUCCCCUCGAAUUGCACCGUGCUUGUCAUCGGUGGUGGACCAUCAGGGUCGUAUGCAGCUACUGUUCUCGCUCGAGAAGGGGUGGACGUGGUAUUGCUGGAAGCUGAUACGUUCCCGAGAUAUCACAUUGGUGAAAGUAUGCUGCCAUCGAUGCGGUACUUUCUACGUUUCGUAGAGCUCGAAGAGUUGUUUGAUAAGCAUCAGUUUGAGAAAAAGUUUGGGUCAACAUUCAAGCUUAGUGGAAAGCGUGAGGCAUAUACUGAUUUUGCAGCAUCUCUCGGUCCUGGUGGACAUUCGUGGAACCUAAUUCGUUCUGAGUCAGACGAGAUGAUAUUUCGGUAUGCCGGAGAAUGUGGCGCCCACGUAUUUGAUGGCACGAAGGUCACCGAUAUCAAAUUUAUACCAUACGGAAACGAGCAUGCAACUGCAGAAUUUGCACAGGCGGGAUUGGCGAGCUUGGGCCGACCUGUCUCUGCUCAGUGGUCCAGCAAAGAUGGCAGCUCGGGAACACUCAAUUUUGAGUAUUUGAUCGACGCUAGUGGACGAGCUGGGAUUGUGUCAACUAAGUAUCUCAAAAAUCGCACACCGAAUGAAGCAUUGAAGAACAUUGCAAACUGGGCUUAUUGGAGAGGUGCUACCAGGUACGGUGUAGAUACCCACCGCGAGAACUCGCCGUUCUUUGAGGCACUACAAGACAAGAGUGGCUGGACUUGGAUCAUUCCUUUGCACGACGGUACAGUAUCUGUUGGUACCGUCCAGAGACAGUCGACCUUCUUCGCUAAGAAGAAAGCAAGAGGGUUCGAGACAAGCGAAGAGAACUACAAGGAGGAUCUCAAAUUAGUUCCCGAGACAAAUGCUCUCCUCAAUAAUGCAUACAUCGUAUCGGAGAUUAAGCAGGCCACGGAUUGGUCGUACAGCUCCUCACACUACGCUGGGCCUCACCUGCGUAUUGUUGGCGACGCAGGCUGCUUCAUUGACCCUUUCUUUUCUUCCGGUGUGCAUCUGGCCAUGUUCGGAGCCUUAUCUGCAGCAACAAGCAUUCAAGCCGCGAGAAGAGGAGAUUGUGAUGAGCUCUCUGCCGCAAAGUGGCAUUCAAGCAAAGUUACCGAAGGUUACACUCGGUUCCUCAUCAUUGUGAUGACGAUAAUGAGGCAGAUAAGAAACCCUAAGCAUUCACUGCUUGACGACGAAAACGAAGAUGGGUAUGACAAGGCCUUUGAAAAAAUUCAGUCGAGUAGGCACCCCUCCCCCAUACGAAAUAUAACAUGUUUCACCUGA